UUCUCUGCUUAAAACCAACCCCAAAUCUCACAAAAUUCAUCAAAGAUUUUCUUCACCUCCUAAAAAUCGCAAAAAAGCUUUCAACUUUCGAAAAUCCCAGAUCGAAAAAUCAGAUUUUUUCCAGAUCAAUCAGAGAAGAGAUGGAGAAUAAUAACAACAAUCAGCAAUCUUUUUGGCAGUUUAGCGACCAGUUGAGAGUUCAGACACCAAAUCUAGCGAAUCUGUCUCUCAACGACUCGAUCUGGAGCACAAACUCUGUCUUCAAAGAGCGUCGAAACUUGGACAUCGCCGACAAGAACAACCAGAUCGACUAUUAUCAGAAGAAGACAAUUUCCGACAACAUCAAUUCCAACUGGAACUGGAAGUCUUCUGGUUCAAACAACGACAUGGGUUUAGGUUUCGGACCCGUGGGAUCAAAAUCCACCGUCGAUUUUAACCCAAUCGACAAAUUCAACACACCGUUCAACGACACCUGGAAAUUCAACUCAGUCAACGUUAACGUUAACGGUUACUCACCGUCAAACGCCGUUAACGGAGAUUUCAACAAAGGGGUUUACACGUCGAUGAACAAGUAUGGAUACAACGUGAAUCUAAAGAACAACAACAACAAGAACAAAGGAAUCGAUGAAGAUCAUCAUCAGAUUCAGAAAGGUGGAAAGAAGAACAGAAAGAAUCAUCAGAACAACAAUAACCAGAGGAACGAAGACGACAAGAAUAAUGGUAUAGACAAGAGGUUUAAGACUCUUCCUCCAGCAGAGGCUUUGCCAAGAAACGAAACCAUUGGUGGUUACAUCUUUGUCUGCAACAACGAUACCAUGGAAGAGAAUCUCAAACGCCAGCUUUUCGGAUUGCCACCAAGAUACAGGGACUCGGUGAGAGCGAUAACUCCAGGACUUCCUCUGUUUCUUUACAACUACUCCACUCACCAACUUCAUGGAAUCUACGAAGCAGCUAGCUUCGGAGGAACCAACAUUGAGUUGAAUGCUUUUGAAGACAAGAAAUGUCCUGGCGAAUCUCGUUUCCCUGCUCAGGUUAGGGCCAUAACGAGGAAAGUUUGUUUGCCACUGGAAGAAGAUUCUUUCCGACCCAUUUUGCACCACUACGACGGUCCUAAGUUUCGGCUCGAACUCAGUGUCCCUGAGGUGCUUUCUCUAUUGGACAUUUUUGCUGACCAAAACCCUUGAAUUGGUAUACCAAUGAAGAACACAAAAAUAG